AUGCGAUUCUGGAAACUGCCCGGAAGCUUUGAUUACGCGGUGGUGGACAAUUUUGAGCAUCGUGAAUUUGAUCUGCUAAAGCAAGCGAUUGAGCCUUUGCUGGGUUCAGUAACUUGGCGCUUCACAAACCAUCACCUUUCGCAUGCUUUGUUGGGAUUCUAUGCUUCACCCUUUCGAUCAGCAAUCAUUAUGUCAUACGAUGCUGGUGGCAAUGACGGGGUUUUGAACUUCUAUUUAGGCUUCGGAUUGGAUGUGAAGCUCCUUUUGAGACUGCCAGUGAAUAUGGGCAUGCCAUACAAUCUUAUUGCUCUUCUACUUCCAGAGGUCACAGGAGUCAAGAGUUCCUCAAUACUUUGUUCAGAUAAAGACAUCUCUCCAUACACGUUUCAACAGACUGCUGCAGCGAUCCAUGACCUCCCAGACCGGCUGGAUGUUGUCGGUAGGGUGACCCACAGCUAUGCAGGGAAGUUCAUGGGUUACUCUGCAUUGGCAGAACCCCAGCCCGAAGUGCAGUUUUGGGCCAGACAAUACAUCCGCAGUUAUCUUCAAAACGAGACCGCUAUGAGUGAGGCAUUCUCUUGGCUUCGGGAAUUUUCAUGCUCCGGCACAGAGGCCCAACGAAUUUUGGCUGCCUCUGCUCAACAUGAAUGGACCGCUUACGUGGAAGAGCUCCUUGGGAAAACACUGCUGAGUACGACGGCGAUACUUGGACAACCUUUGGAUGGCAUUGUGCUGACAGGAGGCUGUGCCUUGAAUGUUCUGGCGAAUCAGCGCAUCUAUGAAACAUUCACUCAGAAGCCUGCGUCUAAUCCCAACCUUCCACGGUCGUUCUACGUUCCACCGGCAAGCAAUGAUGGGGGCAUUGUGAUUGGCUCUGUUUGGUCUGUCAUGCCACCAUUGGCCCCGCAAUCCCUGCAAUACCUGGGGUUUCCUCUCUUUGACGCCUUUGCUUUGGAUGAAGCUGCCAGUAGUCGUCAGGCACGGAGUUUGACGGAGCUUGGUGGGGUGGAAUACUUGGCAGACUUGUUGGCCGGAGGCGAGUCCUGGAAAAAUGAAAGCAAAGAUGUGAGUCGGAGUCGGAGCAAGCCCAUCAUAGCUGUUGUAAUUGGCCGACAAGAAGUUGGACCAAGAGCUUUAGGUCAUCGAUCCUUGCUGGCCGUCCCUGAUCAUGACAUCAAGGAUCGCAUGAAUCGAUUAAAAGCGAGGCAGUCCUAUCGGCCCGUGGCACCAAUGAUUGCGGAAGAAGCAUUGGAGGAGGUUUUUGGUCAACGAAUCAAGUCUCCCUACAUGACAAUGGCACCACUGGUCAGGGAAAGUGUUCGGGAGCGUUUCCCGGCUCUAGCCCAUGUGGAUGGCACUGCCCGACAUCAGUCUGUUGGAGCUGAGGACGAACCCUGGAUUCAUGCACUUCUCCUGGCUAUUGGGAAGAAGACAGGUUUGGCUGCAUUGAUCAAUACGAGUUUCAAUUCAAAAGGUAAACCCAUUGUCAACACGGUGAGAGAAUCCCUCAAGAUGCUGGAUGACCUUCCGGAUUUGGAUUUUGUGUUGAUAGAGGAUUGGCUCUUCAAAAAGGCGCUCUUCAACUCUUCUGUGUUUUAUGAUCUUGAAGUGCUUAGAACUUGGAACCUGAAGUCAGACAAGACACCCGUCCAUUUGAUUUCUUUGGUUUGUUUGCCGAGCUUCAACAUGCUUCAAUGGUCCAUGAUGUCCUGGGUGUUCUUGUGGGCCUUCGCCCACGCAAUGAAGCUACAUGUAGACCUGGAGUCCGAUGCCAAGCUGAAUAUCAGCCGACUGAGGGAGAUGACCUGUGAAGAGGCCGCCCCGGCCUUUGUGAAGGGCUUGGCAAAGGAGUUGAACAAAGGCCAUGGCUACGACUCCAUGUUCUACAAGGGUUGUUUGAAAUUCGUCCAGCGCAACGCCAAUGCCAGCAUUCCCGUGAUCUCUCAGAUCGAGAAGUUUGGCACGGUUUGCAAGCAGGGUCGCUUUGUGGAAAAUGAAACGGUGCUUGCGAAGGUUGACCCCACUCGCUUGGCAGCGGAAUGCGACCGUGUGGUGUACAAUAUGGACGUCCAGUUCCGGCUGUUGGGUGGUCGUUCCCUCUCAACGCCCGAGGGCUUCUGUGCCGUGAUGAUUGACAUGGUCAUGCCCAUUGAUCAGGAACCUGAGUGCAUGCGCUUGCUUGAGGAUAUCGUCCAUGCCCAUUUCGAGUUCAUUGGGACCAAGCACUUUUGGCCCGACAUCAUCCAUGAAAACCAUUUCGACCAAGCCUUCAUGACUGCCUGCUUGGAAGACAAGAAGCUGAGCACGGAAGCCAAAGGCCGAGACGCUGAGUUUGGAGUUGGAGCUGAUGAAUGCAAGUUGAGCUUGGAAAAGUUGAUGGCAGUGGAUCUCUCGAACGCUACCAAAAUGCCUGUGUUCCUCGCAGAUGUUUGUCCUUUGAUCGGAAAACCUUUGCCUGCCUUGUCAGAGCCUCCCAAGCCCACCUACGUGAGCACCACCAGAGCCCUGACCGCAGCCAU